ACACGUCACGCCCCGAAAGGAAAAGAAAGACCUAUUCUGCGCAAAUUCAAAAGCGCCCGACGGACUGAGGCUUUGAAAAGCAGAGAGAAAUGAAUGGAAUGGCGUGAUGGAGCGCUCGCAAUCUCAAAAUGACAACAAAGGCAAAGCCAUCAGCACCACCUUAUCGGAAUCCGAAUGGGAUGAGCCCUUCACAGAGGAAGACCUCCAAGCCAUUGAAGCCGCAUUCGAAGCCGCUGCGACUUCUUCUCUCUCCAAAAAGCGACGCUCCAAUCCCGACGACGAAGUCACGGACCAGUCCCAGAGCGCCCGGCGCCGACUGCCGAGUUCAGUUCUCGCUCUCCAGCAUCCAAACGCCUUCGCUCUCUCGCCUUGCCGUCAAGCUGCCAAUAUAAGGAUGAGAUAUCCUGUGUUGAAGUUUGGAGGUCAGGUUACAUAUAGCAGGACUGCAGUUGAAGUGGAGAAAGCUGCCAUGGAGAUUUUAAAGACUGUGAAAGCAAAGAAAAACGAAAUGGGUCAAAAUGCAGUUGGAUUUGAUAUUGAGUGGAAACCCACAUUCCAAAGAGGUGUUCCACCUGGGAAGGUUGCAGUCCUGCAGAUAUGUGGAGACACAAGUUGUUGUCAUGUGAUGCAUAUCAUUCAUUCUGGAAUUCCUCGAAGUCUGCAGUUACUUCUUGAAAGUUCUUCGAUUUUGAAGGUUGGAGCUGGUAUCGCUAAUGAUGCUGUUAAGGUUUUCAAGGAUUAUAAUGUAUCUAUUAAAGCUGUGGAGGAUCUUUCAUAUCUGGCUAAUCAUAAGCUUGGAGAUUCACAAAAUUGGGGUCUUGCAUCCCUAACUGAGAAGCUCAUUUGUAAACAGCUUUUGAAGCCCAAAAAAAUUCGAUUGGGUAACUGGGAGACCAAAUAUUUAUCAAAAGAGCAGCUGCAGUAUGCUGCCACUGAUGCAUUUGCAUCAUGGUAUCUUCAUGAGGUGCUAAGGAGCCUCCCUGAUGCUGAAAAACUUGAAAAAGUUACAGCAGACAACCAGAGUGAGGGACAAGCUGUAUCAUGUAAUUACUUUCAGACUGAGGAACCAGAAGCUGCAUCAUUGUAAUGUUUUCAUUGGUAACAUCAGCAUUAAAAUGAACAAGAUAAGCAUAAUGAUAUGUUACCCAUGGGGCUAUCAUCUUAUUAGCCUCCGUCCUUAAUAUUCUUGGAUUAGAGGGGCUGAUCGUGGUAACAUUUGUUCCCGGUUCAGCAAAUUAUGUCAGUUUCAUGUAUAGCCAUAGUUUUACUAUUCUUUUUCCAAAUAUAUUCUGAAAUGAGAAACAUUAAUUAGAUUUGCCUUGGAGUUACAAUUUAUACUGAAUAUUUUUUUUUCUUUUU